UGUUUUAACCGAGCACUCACUCCAGUCUUUAGGCGCCAUCUUUGAUAAAGAAAAUAGUGGAGGCUGUGACUCAUAAAAAGGAAAUUACCUUCACAAUAGCAUGAAGCUCUAGAGAUGACAGCUAGGCGAUGGAGGAGGUAAUAAAGAACACGCAUGCGUAUGUUGACGUCCUUGUCAUGGCGAGGGGAGACGCCGUCAUCACUUGGGAGAAAGAAACUUUCGAAAGAGCGUUCAAGUGGGCCAGAUACUUUGAAGGGGUUUAUACCAAGCUUAAAUCCAAGCCUGCUUUAGCAGAAAAGUUAAACAAAUAUCUCAAUAAUUUUAACAAAACAGAAUCAGUCUUUCUUGGAAAUCUGAAGCUAACAUUCAAAAGUCUUCAAAUAUCUGGAAAAAUAUUAAAACAGUUUUUACUUCAAAAUCCUCAUAUUAGUAGUGAACAGUUCCCAUUAGUAAUCAUGUUGUAUAGCGUGAUUAUUGGAGGAGCAAAUGAGCAGGACACAACAGUUCUUACGGAGGAUUUAGUGAGGAUAUGCCAACUUAAAGGUUGUACAAGUGUGCUGACUGACAUGCGCUGCAAGCUUUCUGAUGAUCUUCUGGUAAUGACAAAGAGGAAUGAUGAGCAGUCUGAUGGCCAUUCAUCUGAUAAUGAAUACCGAUAUAACACUGCAAGGGGAUUACAGUGGGCAGACAUUGGAUGCUUGACUGUUGAUGAUGUUGGAAUCAUGUCUCUUGCUGAGAUGCUGUUUAACUAUGUAUAUCACAACUUGACAUGUUCAGGAAAAGAUGUGAAGUCCCUACAAAAGAAGCUACUCCAUUUUGCCAGCCAGGCUAAUGGGCUACAGGUUAUCGCUUCAUGUCUAGCUUUUAUUCCAGCUGGCAUACAACAACUCUCCCAAGCUGGACCAGUGCAUAAGUUUCUGCUCAACUUCCUUGAAGGUUAUCUCUGUAACACUAGUGUGGCUGCAAACUUUUGGCAGCUUCCCCUGAGGAUAUUAUCACGUGUCUCAUUUAAAUAUGAUAGCAUCUUGAAUAUGCAUCUCAAUCAUCUGCUUGGGUGGGGCCAGCAUAUGAUACCUGUCAUCAGUCUACAGCAAUGUGGCAACACAAGAACAAAGUCUUGUCAAGUUUAUCAGUGGAGGUACAAAACCUCUAAUGAAAUGACACAAGGAGGGUUGGACAAUUUGGAGAGAGCAAAAACAUUUGAGGCAUUAGUUGAACAUUUCAGGGCACUAACAGAUGGGCCAGAUUACGUCAAGAGACGCUGUCGCAAUGCCAUUCAAGAUGUGCAGAGGGAAGCUCUUUUAUCUUGUGGCUCUAACAAGCUUGGUGCUAGCAUAUGGGCUGACUUAGAGAAAGCUCUUCUUUGAUGAGUGGGAAUAACAAUAAGAAAAGGAGAAACUUUUACUCUAAAUGGAUCAAUAUAGUGGAGAAACAUAAAAAAAUGUUGCAAUAUCUGUGAAAAAGUGGGGGUUUGAGCCCCUAACAAUCAGAACUCUCUCUAGAAUAUGUCAAAAUAGAAAUAAACAGUCAUGUACCGUAAUUGCCCAAAUAAGUACUGGGGUGCUUAUUUGGCAGGCUAGCACAAACUUUGAGAGUUGGUAGGUAUAUACCAUAAAAUUAAUAAAAUUACGAUAAUAAGCCCCAGGGCUUAUACUUUUCAAAGGCCCUUUUUGGGGGGGCUUAUAUUUGGGGGGGGGGUGCUUAUAUUCGCGGGGGCUUAUUAUUUGAUGAAUUUUUGCAUCUGUCUGAAACAUUGACCAUAUAUAACUGUGUUCAUGGCCCAGUUUUUUGGUAAAAAUAUUAUUCAAACACAACAGACUUUGAUCGUUGAUCAAACAUCGGCUACGAAAAGGACAAUAAGAAAAGACUUUAUUAAAGGUUGUAACUAGAACAACUUGAGAACAAAUAAUGUUGAAAUAAAACAGUAAUUACUUGUUCAAA